AUGUCGUCAAAGGAGAAAACUCGGAUCUUGUCGGUCCGUCGAUUGAAUAUAGAAGGCCCUGGGGCUAAGUCCCUUUCAGAAUGGUGGGAUAGUGAGCGCAGCAAUAAAACACCAGAAGCUGCCGCGAUUGACGAGGCUGCUCAACUUCUCCGAACGAGCAAUAUCCCUGUUGCGUUUCCUACAGAGACAGUGUACGGGUUGGGCGCCGAUGCGACACGAAGCGAUGCGGUGCAAGGGAUCUACAAGGCCAAGCAGAGACCGUCGGAUAAUCCAUUAAUUGUGCAUAUUGACUCCCUCGAAAUGUUGGAGCGGCUACUCAACCCGCAGGAAUCGGGUUCUACGAGCGCAUCCGAUAGCCCACGAAACUCAAUUCCUUCUGUCUAUCAAUCUUUGAUUGCCCGCUUCUGGCCAGGUCCUCUUACGAUUCUUCUACCGAACCCAUCUGGAUCGCUUCUGGCGAAGGAAGUUACUUCUAAACUGACGACGUUUGGGGCGCGCAUGCCUUCUUCGCCGCUUGCACGGCUGUUGAUCCAUGCCGCAGACCGGCCGCUGGCGGCACCCUCGGCGAACGCAUCGACCAAACCUUCCCCAACAGCGGCGGAGCAUGUAUAUCAUGACCUUCAAGGCCGUAUCGAGCUAAUCCUUGAUGGUGGCUUAUGCGGUGUCGGUGUUGAAAGUACUGUGGUUGAUGGCCUGUGUGACCCACCAGCAAUCCUGCGGCCAGGCGGUAUUGGCAUUGAAGAGAUCCGGGCAUGUGCGGGAUGGGAAAAUGUACAACUUGGAUACCAUGAUGGUACCCUCGACGUCAAAGAGAUCCCUCGGGCACCGGGUAUGAAAUACCGACACUAUUCUCCCAAAGCACGUGUGGUACUUUUUGAGGCUGGCUCCAAGGAGCAGUCUGUCACCAAGCAUAUCCGCAAGGACUUAGAAGAUACAGCGAUUGGGGCACAUAUGAUCGGUAUUGUACGAACGAAGCACUGGAAGCGGGGUCUCGGAUUAUUGUCUGAUGAAGAGAUCGAGAAAACCCUCAAACCCCUUCCGUCAUUGAUUGACGGCCUGGCGGGAUUCUCUGUUCCCAUCAAGGGCAACUCUGGUCGUAGCCCUGCAUUCAAAGAGGCCUUUGAUUGUCAUCUCGGACCCGAUGUCGAGUCCAUUGCGCGCGGGCUCUUUGCAGCACUGCGGGCCAUGGAUGAAAUGGAAGUGGAUGUCAUCUAUGUCGAGGGCAUCUCGGAUCAACAAGGCGACCGCGCAGCUGCCGUCAUGAACCGUCUCCGUAAAGCUGCGGGGGCAGAAUUGCGAGUCUAG